ACUUGCAAUAUCAAUUCAUGUGCCGUGGCCUCACAUUCUUCCUCCUCUAUGUGGCGCCUUUUGCAUCGUCUUGCAUGCUGCAACAGCAGGUGGCCCCUCUUCCUAAUGCUUGCUGUGGAUUUCGACCAUUGCUACUCGAUUCAGUUGAGAAGACGGACAUCCGAUCAGCAAGCAGAGCCGUUCUAGUGCUUUGGUCAUCAUGGAGUGAUUAGAAUCCGCUUUCUUUUACAAGAUUUCCUUUUCGGUAGCUUUGGGCGAUCGAAAUCGUAAUCAUGGGUGGCUUGAACUCCAUGGGUUGCUGUUGACUGCUUGAUCCUUGUCUUCCAUCUACUUCCCUUGUUGAAAGAUGGCCAUGGCAGCUCCGGUGAAGGUGGUUCUCGGCUCCAUUGCCUUCGGCAUAUUCUGGGUUUUAGCCGUCUUCCCUGCGGUUCCCUUCCUCCCGAUCGGGAGAACCGCAGGCUCCCUCCUCGGCGCCAUGCUCAUGGUGAUCUUCCGCGUCAUACCGCCGGAGGAAGCCUACGACGCGAUCGACCUCCCCAUCCUCGGCCUCCUCUUCGGGACCAUGGUCGUCAGCGUCUUCCUGGAGAAGGCCGACAUGUUCAAGUACCUGGGCAAGUUGCUCUCCUGGAAGAGCCGGGGCGGCAAGGACUUGCUCGUCCGCAUCUGCCUCGUCUCCGCCGUCUCCAGCGCUCUCUUCACAAACGACACCUGCUGCGUCGUCCUCACGGAGUUCAUACUGAAGCUCGCGAGGCAGAACAACCUGCCGCCGCAGCCUUUUCUUCUGGCCCUCGCCUCCAGCUCCAACAUCGGAUCUGCGGCCACUCCGAUCGGCAACCCGCAAAACCUGGUCAUCGCGGUGCAAAGCGGGAUUUCCUUUGAGAAGUUCUUGGCGGGGCUGUUCCCCGCGGUGCUUCUUGGGGGCCUUCUGAAUGCGGCCAUCCUCCUCUGCUACUUCUGGAAACUACUGUCGGUCGAGAAGGAUGAGGAGGUGGCUUCCGCGGUCGGGGAGGUGGUGGCUGAGGACGACAUGACCUUGCACCGGUUCUCGCCGGCUACCAUGUCGCACGUUGCUUCUUUGAACUCCCAGGAAUUUGGUUCUUCCCUUGAGGCAUUCUUCCGGAGCCCAUCCUUGUCGGGGGAGUUCGCCCAUAUCAGUAGCAUAAGGAGCAGGGGCAACAGCAUCGACAUCGAUGUGCAGAACGCAUCAAAUGUUGGAAUCGAGUCAAUGAGGGCCUCGGCCGCAUCUCGAGACGCAGCAGAGGGUGCUGGAAUCGCUCACAGAGAGGAAGGUGUAUCAUCGAGGAGGGUUUCCAGGACCUACAGCAGCCAAAGAUGCGUCUCGAGAGAAGAGGCUUCUCUCCAAGCCGCGGACUCCAAGGAAAGCUCCAUGGAGAUGUGGAAGAGCAGGAUGUGGAAGGCCUGCGUCUAUCUUGUAACUAUCGGGAUGCUCAUCUCUCUUCUGAUGGGGCUAAACAUGUCGUGGACUGCAAUCACUGCGGCUCUUGCUCUGGUCGUGCUGGAUUUCAAGGAUGCUUGCCCUUGCCUGGAGAAGGUUUCAUACUCCCUCUUAAUCUUCUUCUGUGGGAUGUUCAUAACCGUGGAUGGCUUCAACAAAACCGGCAUACCGAGUGCUUUGUGGGAGUUCGUGGAACCAUAUGCUCGCAUCGACAGUGCUAGUGGGAUCACACUUCUCUCUCUGGUGAUUCUUGUGCUCUCAAAUGUUGCUUCCAAUGUCCCUACAGUUCUGCUGCUGGGCGGAAGAAUUGCCGCAUCUGCGGCACUUAUAUCACCCGCUGAGGAGAUGCGGGCAUGGCUCAUACUUGCAUGGGUCAGCACGGUGGCCGGCAACCUCUCCUUGUUGGGCUCUGCGGCGAACCUUAUAGUGUGUGAGCAAGCUCGGCGAGUUCAGUACUUCGCUUACAACCUCUCCUUCCUCGGCCAUCUCCGCUUCGGUGUCCCCUCAACCCUUCUCGUCGCGGGGAUUGGUUUGUUCUUGGUCAGGAGUUACUAAAUUAGUCUCGACCAGAGUAGAUAGAUUCUUCAUGACUUCGGUGAAAUUGGAUCAAAUCUCAUAAGUAGUAGGCAUCAUUAUUGUGAAGGGAAAUAAUUACGGUGCCAUCUGGUUAUGAUGUGUAAAAGUAAUUUGCUUGGUUUUGGUAGAACGAAUAGCAGAUAAUGAAGAUGGAAAUCUGAUUAUUUCUGUAAUUUUAUUAUGUUUCAAUAAUUUAUGGUAAUUUGAAUUUUA